UCUCCGGCCGGGACGCACGCAGCCGCCGCCCGCGCUCGGCGAAGAGGCGGACCCCGCAAGGCCUGCGCUCGCCAUGGCGGCCGACGCGGCGCCGUGAAACCACUCGGCGGAUCCGGAGCAGGGAGCCGAGCCGAGCGCGCCGGGCCAUGCGGCCGCCGCUCCGGCCUUGGCUGCUGCUGCUCCUGCUGCUCCUGCUGGGCGGCUACCAAGGCGUGGUGCCCGGGCCAGACUCUGUUUACCAGCUGUCCGCUCCCCAGAACCCGAAGAUCCAUCUAUACAACGCCGAGCAGGUUCUGAGUUGGGACCCAGCACCUCUAAGCAAUGGCACAAGACCGGUGGUCUACCGGGUGCAGUACAAGUACACCACUGGGAGGUGGAAUGAUGUGACUGGGAACCACGUGGAGGUGACUUGUACACAGAUCACUGCAACUCAGUGUGACUUUACGGCUGCCGGCUCCGCCAAGGGCUUCCAGCGGCACUACAACGUCACCUUACGUCUCCGCGCCGAGCUAGGAGAGCUCCACUCGGCAUGGGUGACCACGCCCUGGUUCCAACACUACCGCAACGUGACCGUCGGGCCCCCACGGGACGUGUGGGUGACCCCCGGGGAAGGCUCCCUGAUCGUCAUGUGUUCCCCGCCCUUCGACAUCGACGGCUUCAUGGUCACUUUUGACUACUACGUCCACUACUGGGAAAAAGCAGGCAUCCAGCAGGUGAGAGGCCCUUUCAAAAGCAGCCCCAUCUUGCUGGCUGACUUGAAGCCCUUAAGAAUGUACUGUUUACAAGUGGAGGCACGGCUGGUCUGGACUGCGCAGAACAUCAUCCGACCCGGCCAUUUCAGCAACAUAUCCUGCUUCGAAACCACAGCAGAUGCCUCCACCAGGUAUCAACAAAUCCUGCUGAUCUCCCUUGGGGUCUUUUCGUUCCUGUUGGUCCUGGCAGGAGCUUGCUACUUUCUGGUUCUGAAAUACAGAGGCCAUGCCAAAUACUGGUUCCAUUCUCCACCGAGCAUCCCACAGCAUAUCGAAGAGUACUUAAAGGACCCGGCCCAGCCCAUCUUGGAGGCCUUGGACAAGGAGGACAGCUCACCCCGAGACAACUGUGACACCUGGGACAACGUGUUAAUCGUUGCACUUUCGGAAAAGGAGACCGAGCUCCUACCCACCCCUUGAACUCCAGCACUGGCCCUGCCUUGGGAAGAGGACUCGGCUCCAGGGAGCGGCCGCUGUUUCUGCCCGGACCCCGCAGAGACCCACACUCCACAUUCCUACCUCAGAGAGGCCUGCCACUGCCCAGCCAGAGGCAGCGGGUCUAGUGGGAAAGCCAGACUGAACUUUUCAUUAAGAAUUUUCAAAAUGUUGAAAGUUUCUAGGAUGAUUCUAUGGCGAUAACUCAGAAAAAUUAAGACUUCUUUUAAACACUAAAAAGGAUGUAAUAAUGAGCAAAAUGCCGUGGCACACCUCUCUCUCUCUCUGUCUUUUUUUUUUUUUUUUUUUUUUUUUGCCUGUUGUGUCAGGUGGUCGAAAGACCAAGACCUCUCCAUGACUGUUCUGGGGCCCCUGGGACAAAUAAGUAACUUCUGUACCAGCUUGUCCCCAACCAAGGACACUGCACAGACCACUGUUGGCCAGUUUAAGGGCCUAAGAUGUGAUUUAGCCUGUAAAUACUUUUCUUGUAAUUUAAAUGACUUUUUUUUUUUUAAGUCAAAAGUAAAAGACAAACUUUUUUAAAAGCC